AUGACUUUGUCGCCCUCUUUCUAUCGAUCGCUCUCCGGGGCGUCCGGGGAUGCCCCUGCGGACCCCGGGGAGGAUCUCGGCUGGAAGCCACCGGGCUACACCUCCUCCCAGCCUAUCCACCAGCUGCUUCACCCCCAACCCUCUUCCUCCUGUUCCCCAUUCUCCCCACUGCACCCACCUGCCCCCUGGCUCCCCAGCCCCCUCUCCCAGCCCACAGCCCGCCUGCUGGAUGUAGCUGACCUCGGGAUUGCACCCGCCACCUGGGUGUGCGCCCUGACUCAGCCACCACCUGUUCGUGUCCGGAACGACGCUAACCAACCGAGCCACACCGAGCGGGGCCCGACGUCCUCAUUCCAGAGGCACCUCUCGGGAUGCCUGCCCGCUCUAGCUGGCUCCCAAGUGAAGAGGUUCUCGGCCUCCAAGCGGAAGCAGCACUUCAUCAACCAGGCUGUGCGGAACUCAGACCUUGUGCCCAAGGCCAAAGGGCGGAAGAGCCUCCAGCGCCUAGAGAACACCCAAUACCUCCUGACCCUGCUGAAGACAGACGGGGACACACUUGGUCCGGAGGAUGGGGACCUGGCACCCCCCGCAGCACCUGGCAUCUUUGCGGAGGCCUGCAGCAAUGAGACAUAUGUAGAGGUCUGGAAUGACUUCAGGAACCGCUCCGGGGAGGAGCAGGAGCGGGUCCUCCAAUACCUGGAGGACGAAGGCAAGAGCAAGGCCCGGAGAAGGGGACCUAGCCGGGGGGUGGACCGGAGGAAAGAGGACCCAGCCUACACCCCCCGAGAGUGCUUCCAGCGCAUCAGCCGGCGUCUGCGAGCCGUUCUCAAGAGGAGCCGCAUCCCCAUGGAAACGCUGGAGACCUGGGAGGAGCGGCUGCUGAGGUUUUUCUCAGUAUCUCCCCAGGCCGUGUACACGGCCAUGCUGGACAACAGCUUCGAGAGGCUCCUACUCCAUGCUGUCUGCCAGUACAUGGACCUCAUCUCAGCCAGUGCCAACCUGGAGGGCAAAAGACAGAUGAAGGUCAGCAAUCGGCAUCUGGACUUCCUGCCUCCUGGGCUGCUCCUGUCCGCUUACCUGGAGCAACGCAGCUGAUGCCAGCCUGCCCGCCCCUCCCACCCCCCUUCCCUUCAAGAUUCCCUAUACCUCCACUAAAAUGUUUGUUAAUUUUAGAAUUUGUCAUGCUGCCCCCCUUGGGGUGGCACUCCCACCCUAGCCCCAUCCCAUCCCAUCCCAUCCCAUCCCAGCUCUUCCAGGUAAAUGCUGGCGGCUGGAGCUGCCUUAGACUAUACUGGGCCCGUAAGUCCCUGCUCUGGUACUUGUAUUUGGGUGAAGAGACCUUCAUUCAGCUUCCACAGCCCAGUCUGAAGCUUACGCAAGGAGGGAGAGGCUAGGUUUUUAUCACUUUUAAUGAAUUUGGGAUGAUGUGUUGUAGAUUUUUAAAUUUUCCUUUUGGGAAGAAAAACCAAAUACGCCAACUGAUAAAUUGGGGGCUUUGUUCUAGUCCCUGCUUGACUUCCCUCCCAGUUUUUGGCUAGAAUUGGGGGGUCUCUGGGGUGCUGCCCCUCACUCCAGGAGCAUUACGUGUUGUGUGUGCGUGUGCGUGUUAUUAUGCAUGCUGGUGUCCUGCUACCCAGGACAGCAGCUGUGUCUUAAAGGCUGGUUUUACCCUCUUUGGAAUGUGUGUUUCCUCCCCGGGUGCUUUUUGGUGGCUCUUGGGGCCCUGCCUGCUCUUCAACCCCUCCCCCCAUCUUUUAUCCUCUCUUCAUACUGGGAGUCUGGGACUUCCAGCCAGAAGCCUCCAACCUCCCACUGCCAACUUCCCCUCUCCAUGUUCUCUCACCACCACCCCACUCCCCAGCCUGACCCUGGUCUAUAGCUUUGGGGUGUCACCCUGACCUGGGCCACAGAAGCAGGGCUGGGGACACCCCUCCACACACUGCCGUAUGUGUGGCUAGUUGUGCUUUGGGAAAAGUGAAGAAUUCAAUAAAUUUCUGGUGCUCUGGUCUCCA